UGUAUUGCAGCAGGGCUGUCGGACUUGUUGGGCCUCAUGUAAAAUAGAACAGUGCGAUGUUGUGUCUGUGUGUGUAGUGUAGUUGUUAUUAUUGAGCAUCAGCAGUGAUGCAAAGGAGAAAAAACGGCGACCAUUCAGCACACAUUUAAUUUUUCAAUGUUAUUCAGUAUUUUUAGUGUUUGUGUUAAACAGUGGCCUAAGUCAUCACAUUAUUCAGUUUUGAAAACAAGAGUGAUGGAAAUGUCAGGAAAGCCCCGUACUCUUCAUUAUGGAAAACAUUGGUUUCACUACACAGUGGAUGAAGUUAUUAUACAUUUGGUUUUCAUAUGAGUGCGUGGUGUUUGUACACAUCAACCUAAUCUCCUAUUUGUAUUCAAAAGAUGAGUUUGGGCAAAUAUUUCAUUGGGUUUGUUUGCUUAGGUCACACUUUUGCCAUAAUGGGCUUAAUUACAGUAAGGUUAGACUUAUGUGUUUACUCUCGGAUCUUUGAGUCAAUGUGGAACAUUUAAUUAAAUCAGCACAAUAUUUAUCAUUAAAAACUGCAAUGCACUUUUAAGAGUUUACCUUGCGAUCUCUAAUUUGAUUUAACUCAUCCCAAAGCAUUCUGUUCUGCUAUAGAUCAGGUGGUUAUAUUGUCUAUUGCAACACUCCCUCGCUAUCGAUAUACAUCAAUAUUUUCAAUUUGCCAAAGACUGAUGAUAUUUGUCCAGUGUCACCAUCAAGACUUUCUCCCAUAACACCAUACACUGAUUGACCAUACUUUUUGGACCGUUACUCAAAUAUGCACAGUCGACACAAACGGUUGUCUUCUGUGAAGGUAACCAAUAAAAUAAAUAAAUCGAAAAUUAAAUUACAGUACAGAUUUCAGCUUGUCUGAUAUUACCUGUGUUUCCAUUUUGCCUGGUCUUCUUCAGUGUUGCUUCAAUUGAUUUGAGUUCAUUUAUACAGAACCAAUUCAAAACAAAAGUCAAAAUGCUUUACAAAGCAAGGAUUAAGAUCUUACACAGCAAAACAAAUAUGAGUAUAUAGAAUUCGGUAGAAAAUCCAACACAAGCGAUUUUUCUUUUCUGCUGCCAUAUGUUUGCUUUAAUAUAGGCCAUAUAACUAAAGUACAGUACUGCUGCUGUACUACUACAGUAACUGUAGUGAAUGAUUCUACCUCUAACUGCAUAGAACACCAAACCCUCUGACCAUUACUUGGUUAAAGGCAUUGGUCCAGUCCAGCAGAUGGCAGUAACAUAAUAACAACAGGGAUCAUGAAAGGCUAAACUGUUAACUGUAACAGUGAGUAGAAUAUGACUGGGCCAAUAGGGUGUUUGCUUUUCUGAAUUGUUGAGUAGAUGCAACGUUGUUUUGUGGUAGGAAUAAAAGUUGAGCUGUGCUCUCAGGUUGUUUAAUAUUGACAACAAACAUAUCUACUGCAUGUUUUAUUUAUGGCAUGUUGUUGAUCUUAACGCAGUACUCGAACCAAGGCUUGAUCCUGAUGGUGACACGCUGCACUGGCACAUUGCCUAAACAAUAAAGACACUAUAGUAGAUCAUGCAUGCACACUCAUGGGCAACAAACCACAGUCAGUUGUUUUAGUAAUUGUCACUUGGUUUUGUUCAGCUGAGCUGUCUGGUUAACUACUUUACUCUAAAAUGAGCAGCUCAACCAUCCACAACACCCACAGCGACUUGGAAUCUCCCAGGAACUCCUACAUGCAGCGUGGGCAAGCCGACUCACUGGGAAACUAUCAGCAGCUAAAGGAAGGAUGUAGUUAGAAGCAGUGUUUCAAGACUGAGCAGUUUUAGGUUUAAUAUUAUUAAAGUGUUUGUUUUUAAUGUGAGAGGUACUUUAUCUGAACCUAUACCUUUACUUGCUUUUCUGACUGUAGCAUGACUGGAAGCAGUGUGAAUCACAUAUAGCUGACGUAUGAACAUAAUGCAGUAUUUAAUUAUGCCUCUAUUUGAACUAUCCUCUGCUUACCCUGUCCAUAAUUAACCCCCACUCACUAAACAAACACUUUUUUAGGUGAGCCCGUAAGUGGUUUGUGAAAAGGGGUCAGUGCUAAAUUAUCUGUGUAGCAGCAGGGUAAUAAAAAUUUAAGAAGCAGUUCUAUGUAGUGGGGAAUCGGAGGAGAGGAUAAAAAGAGUGAAAAGGCAGAGUGAUGUUAAAGAAUGUGAAGGAUGACUACAUUUAAAUGAAAGUUAGAACAUAUAAAGUUAUGUAUUAAUACAACAUAGAUAGAUAUGAAAAAAUGAAUGAUUGUUAAAAUAAAAGCAGAAAUAGAACAGUUAUUAUUACAGCAAAUAUAUGUACAUUUGAGAUCAGUAAAUGACAUUGAGAAGUGAGUGCCAACGACUACGCUACAACCUUUUCUGGAUAGUUCUGGUAGUAAUUAAAUGAGUUGUGAUUUCCAUGAUGAUAGUCUCAUACUCAAUGAUACUCAUCUCUUCGCCUUCUGUGUGUAACGUGCCUUCUCCCCAUGUCUGCAUGCGUUCCCACUGGGUUCCUCCCACAGUCUAAAGACAUGCAGGUAGUUAAUUGGAUGUGAGUGUGGGUGUGUAGCAUAGUCUGUGUGGGCCUGUGAUUCUCUGCCCUUCAUGUUGCCCAAAGGCAGCCAGGGUAGACUGAACCUUACAAGGACGAGCACUGGCGGAUAAUGGAUCGGUGGACGGGUGUUUCUAGGAAUAAUGGCUGGUGCCAGGAGCUACCAACAUAGAUGGCAUGAAUGAGAGGUUACGUGUGCCCCCCAGUUAAAGGCCUUUGCUGCCUGACCUGUUCAUCCCACCAGUUCCUCUGUGAGCAUGUAUCGCAGGAAUGGGCUCUUGGAUGGCACCAGCAUCAACUCUGUCACUUCUGAGGCUAGCAGCAGCUCUGAGUCACUCGAUGGCCCCGUGGAUUACGCCAAGAGCUAUGAUGCCGUAGUUUUUGACGUGCUGAAGGUGACUCCUGAGGAGUUUGCUAGCCAGAUCACCUUGAUGGAUGCCCCGGUCUUUAAAGCAAUACAGCCAGAGGAGCUGGCCGGCUGUGGAUGGAAUGGAAAGGAGAAACACAGUUUAGCUCCGAAUGUGGUUGCAUUCACACGUAGAUUCAACCAGGUCAGCUUUUGGCUGGUGAGAGAAAUCUUAACUGCCCAAACGCUGAAGAUCCGUGCAGAAAUACUGAGCCAUUUUGUCAAAAUAGCAAAGAAACUGUUGGAGUUGAACAACCUUCAUUCUCUUGUAUCAGUGGUGUCUGCUCUACAGAGUGCUCCCAUAUUCAGACUCAGCAAAACCUGGGCGUUGAUCAGUCGAAAGGACAAGACCACAUUUGAGAAGCUUAACUUUCUGACGUCUAAGGAAGAAAACUACACCCGUAUGAGAGAAUACAUCCGCUCUCUAAAGAUGGUGCCGUGUAUUCCUUACCUGGGGAUCUACCUGUUAGACAUGAUCUACAUCGACUCAGCCUAUCCUGCAUCAGACAGCAUCAUAGAGACAGAGCAGCGGACCAAUCAGAUGAACAACCUUCUAAGGAUCAUCUCUGAUCUGCAGAUGUCCUGCAACUAUGAUUAUCUUGUGACCCUCCCACAUGUCCAGAAGUAUCUGUUGUCAGUCCGCUACAUAGAAGAACUGCAAAAGUUCGUCGAGGAUGACAACUUCAAGUUGUCUCUGAAAAUUGAACCUGGAAACAGUUCCCCUCGCAUUGCGUCAUCUAAAGAAGACCUAGCAGGUUUGUCUGAAGUCUCCGCCUCCCUGAGGUACAACCGACGGCCCACCUGCCCUGAUGCUUCCGUUGGGGUUCACAUCCCCACCCCCCCUCCAUCCCAUCACAGGAAGAGCCAUAGCUUGGGGAACAACAUGAUGUGUCAGUACGGCAUGUCGGAGAGCAGGAGUGCCACUUUUCCCAUUGAGAAAGCGCGACACCUGCUGGAUGACAGCUUCUUAGAGUCCCAGAGCCCUGUGAGGAACGAUCCACAAACCAUGUCUGUGUCCAACGGCCUGUCGCUAGGCAGCAGUGAGAGCUCCUUUGGGGAGGAGGUAUCACCUGGGAUGGAGAGGGGCCGCAUGUAUGCAACACUAGGCCCCAACUGGAGGGUCCCCCUUCGCACCUCUCCCCGGAGCCGCAGCUAUAUUUACAGUUCUUCUGCUGCCAACUCCUGCUACGGCUGCAGCGAGGCCAGUGGUGUGACAAUUGAAGGGCCGCUGCGAAGGAAAACCCUGCUGAAGGAAGGUCGGAAACCCAAGUUGUCAUCAUGGACCAGAUAUUGGAUCACUCUGUCUGGAUCAACACUCACAUUCUAUGGGGCGAAAGCACUGAGAGCAUCUGAGAGGAAACAUUAUAAGUCCAGCUCCUGUAAGAAGGUGUGUGUUACUGGAUGGAUGGUGAUGCUGCCUGAUGACCCAGCCAGACCCAACAUCUUCCAGCUCACUGACCCAGACAAAGGCAACGUUUACAAGUUCCAGACAGGAUCCAGGUUUUCAGCGAUCAUCUGGCACAAAAACCUGGAAGAAGCUUGUAGGAGCAGUCGACCUCAGAUACCAGCAAACCUCAUGUCGUUUGAAUGAGAGCAGACCAGCAACUGGGACGUUGUUGUGCCAAACCUACUUGUAUGAUGGAUCAGUGGACUAAAAGGCAGUCAGGCAGUUCUGGUUUGUGUGACCGCAUAUGCCAACACUGCCUACACAAGACGUGAGGUUGUCCAUCUCUAAGCUUUAUUGUUCAUCAUCAUUGUUAUGCUGCUAUUAACAUUUUUUGGCCCAUGUUGGGUUUCGGCUUUGUUCAGAGGAUGGAUCGAUACAUAAACGUGGAGUUUGAGAGCAGUAUUUUUCACGUGGAAAGUUGUAAACAUUCCUGUUGUUGAAGUGGUUCCACCUUUUGAAGCUCCUUUCACAGAAACCAGUAGCAAAUGAACAACUGGACGUUCUGGAGUGGUGAGCAUGGAACACAUGACCCCGUUUGGCCUUAUGACAACUACAAACGUCUUCACCUUCAGCCCUGUGACAAACUCCUGGACUCAAUUUAUUUAGAAACACACAGGUCAUUUGUAGUGAUACAAAAACAUGGAUCCAUGAGGAGCAACUGCAAAGCGGUUCAUGUAAUCAUCUCUGCUACCUCAGCGGGGAGGCUCCUGUAAAAGGUGUUUGCCAAUGUACAGAACACGGUUUACAAAUGGCACCAUCAACUGUUUUCUACCGAACAAACAAAUUUGUGAAACACUUAACAACAGAGUGAACAAGGUGGUAACUGGAAUCCCUAAUGAAGAAUUUGGGCAUCGCCUCAGCUUAACUGAACCAGUUUGCCCAUCUAGGCAAUCAAGUGAAUUUAAAGCUAAAUAUAAUGCAGACGGCUUUUAACAAUCCUGUGUAUAUAGGUGUGUGUAAAUACUGUAUUUAUUUGUAAAAAGAGUUUAUUUUUGACAGUUGGCCACGAUGGAUUAUUUUUGAUUCACCACCUGCUUCUUGUACCGACUGUCGUGAAGCCACUGAAGCCAUCAAACACAGUCUGACUUGUGGUCGUGUGAAGAAAGCCGGUACAUAGAGCUCUACAGAACAUCAGCUCUGAUACGGAUUCAAACUGCCUCAAAAGCAAACUGUUAUUUAAAAGACAAUUCUGAUGUUUCUCUGUUGUAAAUGCUGUCCAUUCUUGGUCAUUGAUAAUAAUAUAAAUGUAGGGAUAGAUAGCAGGAAUUAAAUCAUGACCUAAUAAUCAUCAAUAUUCUUGAUAGUUUUUAGCAUUAUUGAUAUUUUGUUCACUUUUGGCACAUGCUUUUAUCCAAAGUGACUUGAUGACGUGCAUCAGCAGACAGAGAACGAUGCAAAGUGCCAUGAGAGGAAGUGUGAGACUUUAUGUUGACGGCAAGAGCAGAAGAAACUGACUGGGAUGAGGAUUCUGAGGAAGUGGAGGUGGUUGCUUCUACUGCUGUGGCCGUAGAGCUCCGUAGAAACCAGUAGACUGAGAUGACGUGACUUCAAAGGCUGUAGGAAACCUGUGCAGAGUUACAGUAUGAGCUGUAAAUUAUGGAAUUGAUCUUUUGCAUAAAACCCCUGCAUAGGACCUUACAGUGAUCACGCAGUCUGAUGCAGGAGUCGCCUGGAACCAGCAUGUAGGUGGUGUGGCGGAAGCCAGUGUUUACCCUUCCUCUACAAAGUUCAGAUGCUGCUGUCAGAACCCGGCGGUGGCAGCGCUGCUAUAGCAGGACGACCUGCUAGGCCAUCUCUGUCAGAGCAGUUUACAUGUGAGCUCCACGGGGCUACACUGGCACCAGUUAGUGGGGAUCCACGCAGAGCAACAACCAGUGGACCCCAGUGGUUCAGCUCUGGCCGCCAAAAGUUGCCCAGCAAUAAAUGAGCUAAUUAUUCAUUUUUAUUUUAUCCUUGUAAUUACAUUGCACUUUGUAAAAUAACACCAAGGAGUUUUAGUCUGAGGACUAACGUGGUAUCUGAUAUAUUAUGCUUUGAAAGACAUUGAAGUCUACGAGUGAGGCAGAGUGUGACAACAUUUAGGUAGAAACAGCAGUUGUACUUUCUCAAGUGCAGAGAGUAGGCUGCCUUCCACCAGCUUUGACCUGGACAGGAAUGGGACAAAUGCUCUGGAUAUCUACACAUGGAGAUGCUAAACACUUGGUAACGCAGCAUUUUAGGUCCCCAUCUUUGUGUUGAUGGAGACUGUGGAGCUGGAAACGAUGGGCGCGGUCAAAUGUGAGCCGUUCCUUCUCCGACAUGUUGAGUCGAGCAGCGCGUUGCUUUGCUUUAGCUCAGGCUGGACUCUGUGCUGCCACAGUGGCCAUUCAUUCUACAGCCUACUGGACUUGAGGUACAAAAGCGGUUCUGCCUCGGAGUUCUUUAGGGGACUGUAGCUCUAGCGUUUCUACCGUGUUCCCCAGAUGAUGCCACUGACCGGCCCGUGAGCUGGACCUGGUCUUUUGUACAGUUUGUUAGCAUUAAUUUGUACAUGAUUACGUCACUUUACACUUUGUUUUAUGAAGUAUUUCAACAAGUAUUUUGUUUUGUUGUUUUUAUGCUUUGUACAUCAUCUGAUAAUUGCUUGUUUCUAUGAGGAAACCCUGAUGCUUUCUGGGACAUCGCAUGUACUUUUGUGUCCAAAAUUUCUCGUGUUGUAACUGUGAAAAAGAAAAGCACUGAGUUUUUCAGUCUGUGAUUAUUUUGCUAAAUUAUUUCUUACCAUGGCAUUGCUAUAUUUUGCUGUAUUUUCCAGCUUAAAACACUGAAUUGACAAUAAAGUUUAUGUACAGAAACAAA